AUGACCCUGACGCCACUACCUCCUGAAUGGCUCGUACGUAUAUCUCGCUCGAAAGGUAAAAUCUACUAUUAUCAUCCUUCCACGAAUAAAACACAGUGGUCCCGUCCAAUGAUCAACGAUGUGAUUGCAACGGCAACGCAGAACGAAAUCACAGCACCCUUUCAAGAGAAGAAGACGGUCGAGGGAAGGAACAAGCGUUUUAAACUCGAUCAAUUGGAAUCUUUCGUGUCUGUGGCUGUAGAGAAACAAGAAGAAAAAGACGUGCUGGAGGCUUUAAUUGUCGCGUCGAUGCGUGUUGGAGGCAGCUCCGUGACUCAUGGAACCAAGAGAGUGAUGGUGUUUACCCCGUGGUCGCAUCAAUUGACAGCAGUGACGAACGUUGUGAGAUCGAUUCAAAAACGGACAAUUGAGGACCUUCAAGUGUCUACAGAGACAGAGAGAUAUUUAUUGCAACAUAGUACAGGUGCAGGUAAAACACUGACAAUUGCAGCAUUGACCCAUCAGCUGCUGUAUGUGAAGGACGCUCGGUCCGUGCAGUUCCACACCGUUGUGGUCAUGCUAGAUCGAGUCAAGCUGAACGAACAGGUGGGAAAUGUAGUAGAGAACUAUUUGAAACGGAAUGGUAUGGACGAAGUGUUUCGAGCUGAGAGCAUCGAGCACUUGGCCAAGUUGCUGGAUGUCACGACAUGCACGCAGCAGCAGAGUCCACAAAGAGUGAUCAUCACAACAACACACAAGAUGGGGCUGCUAGUGAGAGAUGAUGUUCUGCUGACGAGAUUACUGCAUCGUAGCUCGAGAAAAGCUGGCAACAAUGAAGAGGAGGACGAAAGUGAAGACGAUAAGUUCCAACGGGUAGCGAUCAUCGCAGAUGAAGCACACCGGUCGCACACGUCUUCUACACGUGACGCUAUCGAAAAAGUUGUGAAAGCAGGAAAAGGCAGCCAUGCCCAGCUUACGUUUAUUGGCUUUACAGCAACACCAAACACUGACGCACUCGAGCUGUUUGGUUCUCGAUUACGUAACGGAUUUCGUCGUCCCUUCCACUGCUAUCCCAUCGCGCAAGCCACAGCAGACGGCCGUAUCAUGGAUAUGCUAAAAGACUACACGUGUAUGCACUGCGAGAUUGAAACCUCCGUGUUUCCCAUGCAUGUACAAGAAAUGUUACGGACGCAUCGUGGCGCUAGACGUCGUAUCCUUGACUAUGCAAAUGAUGAUGUUGCCAUUCUCAAAGCCAAGGCGCUGCUUAUGAUGAUGGAUUUUCAAGCCAUGAAAGGGAUACAACCGAAAGUGAAGUGCAUGAUUGUGGUGCGUAGUCGUCGGGACGUUGUGCGCUAUUACACGCUCAUCACCACAUUUGUCGCAAAGAAAAAGCUUGGCUGGAAUUGUUACGCUGCUUUCAGUGGCGUCGUGACUUUAGAAAGUGAAGAUGGAGUUUCAAACUCCGUCACAGAGCCGACUUUAAAUCAUCGGAGCGUCACACUAGCUAUCAGCGAUGUCAUUAUUGUCUGUGACAAGCUAGACACGGGCUUCAAUGAGCCCUUACUCGCGUGCAUGUACGUUGAUCGCUACUUGCGCUCCAGUGCACGCACUGUUCAGCUUCUAAGUCGUCUAAAUCGUCGUCACAAGGACAAGGUCAGCGUCCGCGUCCUGGACUUCGCAAACCAUGCAGCGCAGGUGCGACGGAGCUUCGCAGACUUCUGGCGAGAAGCUAAGGCUUCGAUAUCGGUUGACAUAGUUGACGAGACUGCUGAGCGACUAGAUCUAGUAACAUCCAUCGUUGUUCUGUGCGACCACUUCCCGGAGCUUCGCUCUGCACCGAUCAACAUCGAGGAUCCGAGCACUUUUGUAUCCGAACGUGUAGUGUCAAUGGAGCGCGACGCUUUUCAGCAAGUGAUUGAUGCGCUUCGCGGGGCUGUGUUAUCCUUCAAAAGGCUAGAGCAAGUAGGAUGCUCGGAUUUCUUUGGGUUGAUGUCCCCAUUCAGCUACUCUUUACUUUGCGAGCUCAAGAAAGAGACAGAAAGCCAUGUUGUCGCCGUAGAGGAAGACGUUGAGCCGCUUCUCGAGAAUAUCAAAACUAAGAUGUCGGCCCGGCUCCAGAAGUGCAGCAGGUCCUUCUCUGGUGCUCUUUACCCACAAUCGUUGUUGGACCGCGUGGAGUGUGGAAACAAUGUAUCAAAGCUGGCAUCAUGUCUGCUGCAAUUUGGAGAGCAGGAACGUUUUGAAGCUCUUCUUCUGAUGACCUCGGCUCGAAACAACCAGCAGUCUAUUGACCCCUCAGUUCUGACACAAGUAACCAAGGCAGCUAAUAAGUGCUCGGACCUGGCUGCAUCUAUGAAAGAUACUGCAGAAGCUCAACCGCGCAUGUCGGCGCAGAUCGAUGCAAUGCAAAAAGAGCUCGCUGCAUUUCUGCUGAGUAACUAA